AUGGCACCGGACAGUGAUGAGAUUACUCCCGAGGCUCGGGGUGUUGUCUUGAGCAAGCUCCACACGCUGGCAAUGGAAAGCUCAAGACCAUCAAGCUUGUCAUGCAAGGCCGCCACAGCUGGAAGCUUGCGAUACUUUGCUCUUUAUGUCGGAGCAAGGUCGUGGUGGUGGCCCGGGGAUAGCAAAACUCGAGCACACGAAAGGGCGCGAGAAGAAAACGACCUUCAAGCGUGGGAACAGCGCAAAGAGAAGCGCGAGGAGAGUUCGAUGAUGGUACCGGAGAAUGUGGUUGCUCGAUCGAGAGCCAGAGUCAAGAUCGAUGAGCGCGCGGCUCGAGCUGUCGAGCAGAAGCUGUUGCGAUUCUCUUUGUUGACAGGGGACGAGGAAGAUCAAGAGCUCACGCCGAGCGAGCUCAUCAUCGGUGAUUGUCCCAACGCGGAAGCUUUCUCCCGGUGGGAAUCAGGGCAUAAGCGGUUUAUCUGCGACUUCCUCGGCGGCAAAAUCAUCGCAAGGGAGCUCCCGAACAAACCCCAUGGCCACGCUCAGCUGAAGGUGGGAGCUGCUUUUGAUGCACAAGCAGCUGGAUUGCUGUCCGUGGCUACGGCUGUCGGCUACAGGCCAGAUGUCGGGGGAAGUCUCUACGUGCCUGAUGUGGUUGUCAAUGUUAUUGGUGAGAGUAGUAUCCUUCCACCGGGGGUGGCGGCAGUGCACGAGUAUGGAGCCAUCGUCAUAGAGAUCGCUACAUCACAAAGGCCCAAGAAUCUCCACGAGCGCGCAGCUAUCUUCUUGGGACCCAAUUACCCUCGAUGUGCUAUUUACGUGGGUCUCAAGCGUUUCAAUAUGAGAGCCAAUGGCACCAUGGCCAUGCUCGCUACAGUUUAUGAACGACCGCCACCACCAGUAGCUGGAGCCGGAGGAGCAGCCGGAGGGGCGGCUGGAGGAGGUGGAGCACCGGGGCCGGCCGGGCCUGCUCCAGCCGUGCCUGUUCCAGGUGCGCCUGGCGGAGCAGGGCCGAUGCCCAUACGCUUAGUCUCCUUUGGCACAGGACCCUUGGGACCAAAUGCGACUUGGAAAAAUGACCCGAAUCUCACAGGCAUUGGAAGGAAUGGAGUUCCGUUGACCGGACCUGGAAUUGCACAGUACGUCCUACGCUUUCCAGCACUUCAGGUGUUUUCGACUUUCGUCCCUCCUGGGGGAGGAGGAGCAAUAGGAGCUCCCCCUCCUGGAGCUCCUGUUGAUUAUACGUUAGAUCUCUUUUACGUUAAGGAGGCUUUUCUCAAGCCGAAUGCACCAACGUAUUAG